AUGUGGGGCCCCUCCUUCCUUCUACCUCCUCCUUCUCUCCCUUCUCUCUCUCCCCUUCGGCCGGGCAGGAGGGCAGCGAGAGCGAGCGGCGGCGGGCGGCGAGGCCGGAGCUGCGGCGGCGGGCGAGGGCAGGCGGUGAUUGGCCAUCUCCGGCGCCCUCGACGGCGACGAAGGCUAGGCGAGGCGACGCGGAUCGAACACCAGCGCAGCUCCAGAGUUGUUUCCUUGUCGCGAUCUCGUUUUGGCGAUCCGUUCUUCUCCCUCUGUUUCUUCCUUGACUUCUCGCCGGCGGCGUGGUGUGCACGCGGCAACCAGAGGAACCGCGACCGCGAGCGCGCGCAGGCGCGGAAGCCCAACGCCAAGGACCCCCAGGACGGGCUCACCUCGGAGCAGCGCCGCGAGAGGGAUAAGAAGGCACUUGAGGAGAAGGCCGCCAAGAAGGCGGCGCAGGCCGCGGGCGGCGGCGGCGGUACCUCCACGGACAACAGGAGUAAGGCCGGCGGUGCAAAGAAGUAGCCGGCACCGCCGUUUGUACGAUUAGUAAUGCCUUAUAAGCUUUGUACCUCAUGCAUCUGCGGAUUCCGGGCUCCCCCGCCUCGCCUCGACCUGGCUCCCCCCUUGCCGGAGACGACGACCU